AUGACCAAAAACUUCCCGGAAUUGGGAUUGAGAAAAGAAGAUUGUGUGGAAGGAAGUUGGAUUGACUACGUAAUUUACUGGGCCUACUUCAACAACACAACUGAAGACACAGUGAAGGUAAAUUUUACGGAUCGAGGUGCUCUCCUGGACCACACCGCCUCCUCAUUAGCACCAGUUGCUGAUGCUGUUGCUGCCUUGUCUUGCGAGGCCUUGAAGGCCGACACUUCCACUGCCUUCAGCUUCACAGAUUCUGGUGAUGGCUGUUCUGAUAAAGACGUGACUUAUGUUUCUAGUGUUAUGAAGGUUUUACUUAAUGGCUCAAAAUUAUGUGGUAAUCUAUAGUGUGACCAAGUUGAUAACAUUCCUAUAGUUCAUGGUCGUUUAAGGUCUCUUUACAAAUCAGUCCACUCUUCAACUCGAAUUGCAGUGAAUUCUUCUACCCCAUUCGCAAAUGGAAAUGGAAGUGUCAGUGAGGAUUUGACUGGACUCUUCUCUUCUCUAGCUCGUGCCCUUAAGAAUCUUGGCAAGAGUAGUUGGCACCGAGCACAUAUUUGUCUAAAGGGCUUCGAAAACCAUAACUUAUAUCCUACUUUGGUUGAUAGUUUCAAUGUUGGAUGCCCUGGUCUUGACAGGUUGAAUAACUCCAUUAAGGCUGCUGCAAAGUUUGAGUUGGAAGACAAGUAUGUCGAAUCAUUGCAUGAAAUUUAUAUUUUGUCCAAGGCUGUAAGAAAGAUUCUUUCUUGGGAAGCCACAAUUUCGUUUAUAUCAUUGGAGGGGAGUAUGAAAGGGGAAGAGGGUAUUGAUGAGAAACCCAACAAGAAAAAGAAGGUUAUGGGAAAAGGCACAACUCUUUUGAUGCAGUUUAUAAAAGAUAAUUUACUGUCUUUGUCUGUGGCUAACAAUGUAAACGACAACUCAUGCUCAACUCUCCCGGAGAAAGUGGCACAAUGUUUCCUUUCCCACUUUGAAAGUCUACUAUCGAAAAUAAAACAAGUCGUUGAAAGCAAUGAAAGCAGAAGGCUUCCGAAGCUUGCCAAAGGGACUCGUGAUUUUGCAAAAGAACAAAUGGUUGUAUGAGAGAAAGCAUUUGCAAUCGUUGGCAAUGUCUUUAAGAGGCACGGUGCAAUGACACUUGAUACUCCUGUGUUUGAACUGAGGGAAACUCUUACAGGAAAAUACGGUGAAGAUUCAAAGUUGAUUUGUGAUCUAGCUGACCAGGGUGGGGAGAUUUGUUCCCUCCGGUAUGACUUGACGGUUUCAUUUGCGAGAUAUGUUGCUAUGAAUGGUCUUACAUCUUUCAGAAGGUACCAAAUUGCAAAAGUGUAUAGAAGAGACAACCCAUCUAAAGCAAGACACCGUGAAUUUUAUCAAUGUGAUUUUGACAUUGCUGGUGAUGAAACGAUAGCAACUGACUUUGAGGUGGUUAGGAUCUUGGUUGAACUACUAGAUGAGCUAAACAUUGGUGAUUAUGAGAUAAAGUUGAACCAUAAAAAGUUACUAGAUGGAAUGCUAGAGAUAUGUGGUGUACCAUCUCACAAAAUGCAAACUAUUUGCUCAAGUAUUGAAAAAUUAGACAAACAGUCAUUUGACCAAAUUAUAACCUAUUACCGUUUGUAUCUAUCGAUGGGUGGGUCAAGAAAAAUAAGAGGUGUUCAAAAUCUGGAAACAGUAAGACCACAUCAAUUACUAGAGCAAAUGGUGUGUACUGCUUUCAGAGCUGCAGCUGACACUCUUAACCAGACUAGAUUUGGUGGGUUAAAGAACAUGACAAUAAAAAUCGACCAAUUAUACUUCACCAUUGCUUCUGCAUUGAAGCCUUUACAAGCAAACAAGCUACCAGGUGAUAUGGAAAUAAUCCAAGAUGUAAAACGGCUCUGUGUUGUAUUCGAACACGUGGAGAAGAUGCUAACACUUGGCACUUGCAGGGUUUAA